CCCUAAACUAGAUGUGAAUGCUCCAGAUCUUGACAUCAAUGCACCCUCAGGGAAAUUCAAGAUGCCUAAAUUCAGAGGCCUAAAGGGACCAGAUGUUGACAUUAAUGGCACUAUAGAGGGACCAGAUCUGAACUUGUCAUCUCCCAAACUCAAGGGUCCCAAAGCAGACCUAAACAUUCCAGACACUGAUAUUGACAGUCCAUCAGGAAAACUCAAAAUGCCAACUUUCAAGAUGCCAGAUUUAGGAUUCUCUGGACCAAAAGUUAAGGGGCMUUACUUAGAUCUUUCAGCCCCCAAGUUUAAAGGGGGAAUUAGUCCCCCAGAUCUGGAUCUGCCAGAUGUAGACCUCAAAGGCCCCAAAUUAGACAUCAAUGCACCAGAUGUCAACUUUAAUAUGCCCUCCGGUAAAGUCAAAGUACCUACAUUGAAGAAACCAAAGGUUGAUCUGAGUGCUCCUGAUCUGGACAUUGAUGGCCCCUCUGGUAAACUGAAAAUGCCCAAAUUUGGGCUGUCUGGUAAAAUGCCAAAAUCCACAAAACUGAAUCUCAAAGCCCCAAAGAUAAAGGGGGGAAUUGAUUCCCCAGAUUUUAAUUUACCAGAUGCUGACCUCAAAGCCCCUAAACUAGAUGUGAAUACCCCAGAUAUUGACAUAAAUGCACCUUCUGGGAAAUUAAAAAUGCCCAAAUUUAAAAUGCCUAAAUUCAGGGGACUAAAGAGACCAGAUGUUGACAUUGAUGGAGACUUAGAGGGCCCAGAUAUAGAUAUCAAUGCCCCCACAGCUAACCUCAAAGGUCCCAAAACAGGUCUAAAAAUGCCUGAUUUCAGACUAUCUGGCCCAAAUGUAGAUUAUGACUUACCCAAUAUUGACCUCUCAGCCCCAAAGCUAAAAGGGGGAAUCAGUCCCCCAGAUUUGAGACUACCUAAGGGUCAUCUCAGAGGGCACCAACUAGACCUCAAUGCUCCAGAUAUGCCCUCAGGUAGAUUCAGAGUUCCAACCAUAGAGAGGCCAAAUGAUAGCAUCAAAGCCCCUGAUUUUGACAUCAACACUCCUUCAUUCAAAAUGCCCAAAAUGCCUACAUUUGUGUUGCCUAGUCCAAAAAGACCAGAUCAUGACAUCAGUGCUGACAUAGGUUUUAAAUUGUCAAAGAUGAAAGGUGGGAUUGGUUCACCACACCUGGACCUACCUACAGUUGACCUAGAAGCCCCUAAGAUAGAUGUAGACACUCCAGAUAUGAACAUUGAUUCACCCUCUGGGAAAUUCAAAAUGCCCCAACUCAAAAUGCCUAAAUUCAGCCUUUCUGGCUUGAAAGGUCCAGAUCCUGGAAUAGAUGUAGACAUUGAUGGACCGGACCUAAGCUUGUCAGCCCCGAAAGUAAACACAGGGAUCGGUAGUCCAGAUUUAGACAUAAAUGUUCCCUCUGGUAACCUCAAAGGCCCCCAAGCUGAUCUCAAUUUGCCAGACAGUGACAUUGCUAUACAAUCUGAAAAAUUCAAACUGMCAUCCUUUAAAUUGCCUCAGUUUGGAAGUCCCAAUCUAAGGGCAGGUACAGAUAUGGACUUUAUGAAAAGAAAUGACAUUUCUCCUCCAAAGGCUAAAGUGAAUCUAAAAGCACCAGACUUGAAAGUUAGUCACCCAGAUGUCAGCCUGAGCAUACCCAAAGCUGAUAUCAGAAGCCCGGAAUACAAAGUGUCAUCUCAUAGUAAACGCAGGUCUGAUAUCCCAGGUGGAGCGCAUAUAAAAGUGCAAGCAGAAGACAUAAAUGCAGAAGUGACACUGCCACACACUGAUAGGAAGUCUAGGAAGGUCAAAGAAAGGGCCAGUUAUCCCAUUGCAGACAUUGAUUUGCCAAAAGUUGAGUAUGAAGUGUCUGGUUUGGAACUGAGAGGUUCAGACCUUAAUGAUUCCACAGGGAAAUUCAAAAUGUCCAAAUCCAAGACUUCUAAAUUGGGCAGUCAUACAAGAAUACCAGACCUUGAUAUAGACUCAAGUCUUGCCAGUAUUAACGCUUCAGUCCCUAAACUCCCACCCCCAAGGUAUGGAGUAGAGGUUUCACAGCCAGACUUACAUUUGAGUAGAACUGACCUCAAGGGCAAUAAACAUCAUAUGAAAGCCCCAGCUGGUGAAACUGGCAGAACAAAAAGGAGAAGUCCAAAACAGUCUGAAAUUGGAACGUCCACGCCAAAUUUUACUCAUGGUUCAAACCGCAAAAUGUCUGAAGAUCAAGAAGGAUAUUUUGUCACUGUAUUUCCCAAACAUCUCAAAGGGGAUGUACCAGACGGAACCGGGAGGCCGAAAAAUCAUCACAAGGAAGAGUCAAACCGUAGAUCUCAUACACUCAGAAGUCUCGACUUCAGUGCAUCAAAUAUGGACCUUGAAGUUCCAGAAGAUGAGAACUUAAAAGGGUCAACAUUCUGGCUUUCAAAGCUUAUAUAGCAUUCAGACAACUGACUAAAUGUCAUUUUAGGCUGGUUUGAAUCACAAUCUUCUGUUGAAACAUAAUGCAGAAAACGUCUGUUACAUAUAAAACAAGCAKCAGAUUAUUUGCACUUAUUUGUACUUUUUUAUGUAAAUUGAUUGGUAUUUGUUAUGAACAUGUUGAAAACUAAUGUGUAAAGCUUUCUUUUGUCAAGUGAUUAAAAAAAUGUAUGAAAGGUUUGUUAUGUUCUGCUGAUAAGCUAUUCGAAUGGUAUUUUUACUCUACACUUGCUACAUUGUAAUAAAAUUUAAUGGGAUUUAGUAA